AACUCGAAGUGCCGGUGCACGUGGAGAGGGGCGAAGGGAACCGACUUGGACCGAAGGUGAAACUCACAAACACCCGCUGCAACUUCGUCUCCCAGUCGGCGCGAGACCGCGCUACUGGCAAGUUUUCAAUCGUUUGUAUAUUUGUAUACACAGAAUAUGUCAUCCUUCUAACUUUAUCGUCACAAGCAAGUUAAACAUUUUUCUGUGAAAAUUCAUAAUCAAUCAAACAUUUUUGUAGCAACAAGAACAAGGUAUUUUAAAAAAAUAUUUUCGAUACCUUUUUUUUCUUUUCAAGAAUACGAAUGACUUUUGAGAGUCUGUGACGAUUUAAGUUGUCGAGUUAUUAAAGAGACAAGUGAGAAUUAUUUUUGCGCGAAGGUCACGAGAAUUGUGGGUGAUGAUAACAACGCUUCGUGUGGUGAUUUAAAUUUGUUUUCAUGUGAAGCCGGAAAUUUUAUUUACAAACAAGAUCGUGCGUCGGAUCUAGAAAAAUCGUGAGUUUUAUUUUUGGAAAAAAAAUUUCUUUUUCUAAUAAGUGUUAUUAUUUCACGUGUAACGUGAACAACUGAGUUUUGAGGUUCUUCGGAUAAUUUGCGCGGGAGUAGCAACUUUUUGGGUUCAUACCCUCCUAAGGAGUUGAAAGGACUGAUUAUUGGAAGAUUGGCAGAUGCGAGUUCGUGUUCAUUAGAAUUUAGCAAAGACUGGAACGAAUUGGGCGGCAAAACGGUGGUGGACGGAGGAGUAGUAGGCGGCAUCAGGGGCCCAGGCGGCGGGUGCCGCGCAUCCUCGAUGACGAUGGCCGAGAGCGCUGUGGAGGACGCCGCCGCUGCGCCACCAGGUCCGGCGAAACCCCCACCGCCAUCCUGUACAAACAACAACACGCUGGCGGCGACGGCGAACCGGAAUCAUCAGUCGAAAUCACGAAAACGGAAAGGCUUGUCGCAGGUGGUCGAUAUUUUGCAAGCACACCGGAACUCACCGCUCGUUUCACCGAAGUGCGCCAGCUACGAGGAAACAGUCCUUCCCUCCGAAGAGGAGGAAGACAUCUUCGGGUCGCCGAGGUCAUCAACCGGUUCCAUUCUCGACAGUCCGGGCAACAGCUUCCUCGCUACUCUCCGACAGAAGGAGGAAUUCCUCUCCCGCUCCGAAGAGGAACCCGGAAUCAGUCAUCAUCUCCUUCAUUACUCACAUCAUCGAAAGAACCCACCGAACCGACCCAAUCAUCAAAGUCUCAAUCAGAACUAUCACAACAAUCAAAAUCUGCCAAGUCCGAAUCAUCAGCACGCGAGUCAUCUGCAGAACCAUAAUUCGAGACCGAUACCCAUGUAUUCUGGAUGUGGAUGUGUCCAUUGUGCGACCGCGCCCAUGUUGCUCUCAUCACCCACAUCACCACUGGCGCCGUUGACGCCGCUCACUCCCUUGACUCUGACUCCCCUAACCCCGGUCUCCCCUUCGUCGUGCAGUUUCGAACACUAUCUGCACACCAAGUACUUGCCGGACAUGACGAGAAAGCGAAGUCACUCCGACUCGGACGUGCCCGGCUGGGAGAAGAGGCCACGUGCCACUGAUCCUUCGAAGAAUAUAAACCUAGAGAAUGACUCCACGAGUCCUCAGGACUCGCCCUUGGAUCUCUCCAUGAAGAACUUGGCUCAGGGUCGACCGCCAGCUCUGCAACUCCUGCCACCCGGUGUCGUGACCCGAGGGUCAGUCAGCGUGCCCGUAGUUCGGGGCGACGUCGCCUCACCCACAACCAAGGAGAGCGUUGCUGUGCGCUACAACCUCGAAGUGUCGCCCGUCGUUGAGGAGAUGCCGCCAGGAGCCGACGUCGCCUACGUGUGUCCGGUUUGCGGACAAAUGUUCAGUCUACAUGACAGACUCGCGAAACACAUGGCGUCACGGCAUCGACGGCAGGGUCCCCAGGACGCGUCCGCCAAAGCCUACCUUUGCGACGUGUGCAAGCGCAGCUUUGCCAGGUCGGACAUGCUCACUCGGCACAUGCGGUUGCACACUGGAGUCAAGCCCUACACCUGUCGAGUUUGCGGACAAGUCUUCAGCAGGUCCGACCAUCUCAGCACUCAUCAGCGGACGCACACUGGAGAGAAGCCCUACAAGUGUCCUCAGUGCAUCUACGCAGCCUGUCGGAGGGACAUGAUCACCAGGCACAUGAGGACUCACGCGAGGUACGACGUUCAAACGACCAAGAGUGAGCCAGCAACUGGUCCCGAAAGUCCGACUUUCUCGCAAGGAAUAGCGUCGCCGUCCACUAUCAAAACGGAAUGACCUUGUCACCUGGAUCGGCCAGAUUCGAAAUUUAGAUUCUCGUCUCGUCUAUUCGAUCAGUUUUUAAAAAAUGAUUGAUCAUCGAGUUUAGAAAGACUGUCGUCUUUCGUAACAGGGUCGAGAUUCCCUCGGGUUUGCUAAGUUUUGUACCUUUUUGGAAAAAUUUUCUUUUAUUUUGCGUCAAUUUUCGGUAAUCGGAAGUUUUUACAGAAACUUUAUUUCUUUCGAAACUGAGGAAUAGUUUUCUAUUUGGAUGUAAUAAGAAAUUAUUCGCUAGAGUUCGCACACAAAAAACGAAUAUAAUCACUUACUCUUCACAAAGUGAAACCCAGACUGUCUGAAAGUUCUGCUUAUUUUUAUAGCCCAUUUAUACUAUUUUCGAAGUAAAUUAAAGAAAAAGUAAAAUUUACUCCGGAAAUAGUAAAAAUGAACAGAAAUUCUAAACAGUUCAGUUGUCACAUUGUAAAUAGUAAAAGUUAAAUUAUAAUCUUUGGCGUGUAUUGAAAAUAAGUCUUCAUAGAAAACAUGAUCUUUCUUUAGAAACAAAAUAUUUUUAUUUAAAGAAAAAAGUAUAUAUCUAUAUUAACUAAAAACUGUUAUAAAUAAAUAAUAUAUUUUUAUGAAAAAUGUAAUAUUUUUA